AGCGCAAGCAUCUUGGUUAACAUAAGACAGUUUGUGGAACAUGAAUAUCAUCGAAUUUAUAUUGAUUUUUAGUACAUUUUUUUAUGAGCCGAUCCAAUGCUAUCACACAUUGCAAACCAACCGCAGACAGCCGGCGGAUCUGAACGAUAGGAAUUUCCAGACUACUCGACAUCGUUUCGGCGAAGCUUACUACUACAACACGGGAGCUGAUUAUCCAUUAGAAAAAGAUGGAACUUACUACAUCGAUACUCAAGAUCAGAACUACGAAAGUCUCGGUGUGGCUCGGGAUCGAGCGAAAGAAAACAACAGGCUGUCGAAGUCGGCCUUUGAUAAUUUAAGCACCUUCAGUGACGCAGAUUUCUCUGAAGCUCUGUCCAAACUAUCGGAUCGCGAACUAGAUAAGUUAUCGCUAUUAGUGGACGACGAAGAAAGGAUUAGUAAAUCGCUAACUAAAAGGGAAGUAGAAGAUAAGAUGGAUUAUACUCGUUUACGUAGAGCAAACUGCGAUGGCGAAUUAUGUUCUAGCAAAGAUUUGGCAGAUAGCUCAUUAGCCGAGACAUCAGACAAUGAUCAAAUUGCCUCGUUCAAAUCGUGGUUUUCGAAAGGUAAAUCAACGAAAACAACUAAAGUGCCAAUAACUACUGCUCGAAGGUCUGCGAAUAGAGUUACCACUGUGCGCCCAAAGAACUCCAAAAAGAAAGUUCCUCCAUCCAGGACAGCUGCACGGAAAAACACUAGUAAGCUCUUCUCUGAUAACAAGGAUGUUCUAACCUAUGGCAAUAAUCGGGAAACGAAAAAGGCAGUCGAUCGAAAUGUUCACACUAGAAUUAACUAUCUGAAGAAAAAAAUCCAGAAGCGAGCAGAGUUGAGUAAUCCACAGAUGGAACGAUCAGCAAUACGCCGAAAACGAGAAAUUCGUCGUACUCAAAUGCUCGGUGAAUCAGGUACGUCUGGUGUCUUGGAGGAUUCAUUUCCCGAGCCAAGCCAAGCAACUGCAUCAUUUCACAGCCCCAUGGAACCCUUGGUGCGCGUUAAAAGACAUCCUUCUUAGGUAUAGCCUUAUCUGCAUUUUGUUAAUGU